GUAAUUUACCACCGGAAAUGACAUGUUAUUUUGCUUUUGUUGGCGGACUAAGGGCUUGCUUUCGGUUAUUCUGUCGCAUGACUGAAUAAAGCAAAAGUGAGCGGUGCAACCCCGCAUCUGCGUCAGGUCUGCCGGUACUAAACUUACAGACGUACCGGAACUUCCGGUGUAAUGGAGGAUUUAUUAGUAACGGAAAACCCGCUGCUUCUACCGCUCAACAAGGAGAAAACGGCUUAUGACGGCUUUCUUUGUGUCCAGGACAGAGAUUUCCGAAUAAGAGUCCUGCUCCCAUCAGACCUGCAGCUUAAACGGGCCAGGUUACACUGCUGCUGGCAGCUCAGACACCUGCUGAGAGAGUACGAGCUCAUAGUGAGACAGAGGUUGCAGCAGUCGGCUCAGCUCAGCACCUUCCUCCUGGAGCUCAAGACCAUUGUGGAAGUGUGUAUGAAGAGCCGUGCAGGGUCCUUCGCCAUCCCCCCUCCUCAGUAUUACUCUCAGCUUAUCUCGGAGAUGGAGACCCUCGGAUGGGACAAGAUAAUCUUCUUAGACACAAACAUCCAAACACUGAAACUGAAGGCGGAGGACUCUUCUGGAAGGCAGCACACGCUCUCCAUUAAGCUCAAGUCCAAGCAAAUAAAAUAUUCACAGUAUUGGCUAACAGAGGAAGAUCACGUGACAGGAAGCACUCAGAACCAGGAGAACAUCAGAGUGUCCCAGCAUCCUGCAGAGGCUCCUGAAUGUUCUGCUGACCUGCCCGUCCCUCUGAACCUCACCUGGACCCCUCAGAGCUCUCUGGAGCUGCUCCACAGCCAGUUCCUGCUGCUUCUGGAGUCACUGGCAGAGUUCUGGGAUGUCCUGGAUGAAAUCGACCAGAAAACCUGGAUUCUGGAGCCAGAGAAACCCAGUCGCUCGGACACCGUGAGGCGGGUUGCCAUUGGAAGCAACGUCUCCAUCAGGGUGGAGGUGGAUCCCAGACACCCGAAGAUGCUGCCAGAGUGCUGCCUGCUGGGAGCAGAACACGUGGUGGCACCGCUCAGGAACAAGCUGAACGCCAACAUGCACAUGUGGAACCCUGACUCCAGUGUCUUCACCAACCUUCAGGAUGUUCUGGAAAUUGAAUUCCCGUCGCCAACCUCCCACGAAAAAUCUAGUUUCAGCAUUGAGUGUGGCAUCUGUUACUCAUAUCGGCUUGGGACCGCCAUCCCAGAUCAAGUGUGCAAUGACCCCCGCUGUGGCCAGCCCUUCCACCAGGCCUGCCUCUAUGAGUGGCUCCGAGUGCUACCCUCCAGCAGGAAGAGCUUCAGCCUGAUGUUUGGAGAGUGUCCCUACUGCAGCAAGGUGUGUGUUCACACACACACAUGCACGCUCACACACACACACAGCUGAACCCGGUCCUUCUGUUUCAGCCCAUCACAGUGAAGAUGGUGACCCAGGCAGUGUGAGAGGAGGCCCGUGUUCCCAGAACCCACAGAACCUCUAACAUGCCGAUCAGCUGCUGAAGUCGUCAAACCGGUCCAGAAGCACUUUGGCACAUUCUAAAACCACACCCAGAAGAAGGCCGACCCAAACGUAGAAGAACCAGGACCUCUGUGAGUGUGUCAGAUCAGGAACGGAACCAUCUCCGUCUUCCCUAAAGAUCUGACCGUGGCCUACUCCAACAGGGACUGGUCCUCCGUCCCCGAGCUCUGGCUGCUCCGUGUGAGAGAAGCAAGUUCUGUGUCUCUGGUUCCAUGUGGGUGGCUUCUCUGGUCUCCCUGCAGUCGGCCUGUCGGGUUUGGGUUUAGUUCUCUGUUAAAAUUCAAGUGUGCAUUCUAAUAAAACUCAGAGAAAGCUUUA